UUCAACUACCUUCUCUGCUCUACGCAUAGGAUAAAGCUCUCACUCUCUGCUCCCUCUGUAGCCUAUCACUUCUGAGCGAUAAUGACGAGAGACGCAGUGCAGGAGCAAUGGAGCCUUUACGAAGCCUACAACGAGCUCCACGGCUUGGCCCAGGAGCUAGAGACCCCAUUUGACGCUCCCGCAGUGCUAGUGGUGGGUCACCAGACUGACGGCAAGAGCGCUCUCGUGGAAGCCCUCAUGGGCUUCCAAUUCAACCACGUCGGCGGUGGUACGAAAACUCGUCGUCCAAUUACCCUCCACAUGAAGUAUGAUCCCCAAUGUGAGGUCCCUGUCUGCCAUCUUAUGUCCGAUGAUGAUCCCGCAUUUGUUCAAGAGAAACCCCUUCAUGAAAUUCAGGCAUUCAUUGAAUCAGAAAAUAUGAGGUUGGAACGAGAGUUGUGCCAGUUUUCAGCUAAGGAAAUAAUUAUAAGAGUGGAGUAUAAGUACUGUCCCAAUCUCACCAUUAUUGAUACUCCUGGGCUUGUUGCUCCUGCACCAGGUCGAAAGAAUCAAGCAUUACAGAGCCAAGCUCGUGCUGUGGAGUCUCUUGUGCGAGCGAAAAUGCAGCAUAAGGAGUUCAUUAUAUUAUGCCUUGAAGAUUGUAGUGACUGGAGUAAUGCAACUACUCGAAGAGUAGUAAUGCAAAUUGAUCCUGAACUUUCAAGGACAGUUAUCAUCUCAACCAAACUUGACACUAAAAUACCCCAGUUUGCUCGCUCUUCAGAUGUUGAAGUUUUCCUUUCACCCCCAACACAUACACUGGACGGUUUCAUAUUGGGUGACUCUCCCUUUUUUACAUCUGUGCCUUCUGGAAGAGUUGGUGCGGGUCAUGAUUCAGUUUAUAGAUCAAAUGAUGAGUUUAAACAGGCCAUAUCCUUAAGGGAAAUGGAAGACAUUUCAGCUUUGGAGGAAAAGCUAGGGCGUUCAUUAUCAAAGAAAGAAAAAAGUAGAAUAGGUGUUAGCAAACUAAGGUCAUUCUUAGAGGAAUUGCUACUGAAAAGGUACAUGGACAGUGUUCCAUUGAUUAUUCCACUUCUUGAAAAGGAGUCUCGCAUUGCAGCAAGAAAGCUCAAUGAAAUCAUUAAAGAACUCAGCACUUUGGAUGAAGUGAAAUUGAAGGAAAAAGGAAGAGAAUUCCAUGACCUAUUCUUAACUAAGUUGUCAUUGCUCUUGAAAGGAACGGUAGUUGCUCCCCCAGAUAAAUUUGGUGAGACGCUACAAGAUGAGAGAACUAAUGGAGGGGCAUUUGUUGGUACUGAUGGUCUUCAGUUUCCGCAGAAGCUAAUUCCUAAUGCAGGGAUGCGUCUUUAUGGGGGUGCACAGUACCAUCGAGCCAUGGCAGAAUUUCGAUUUGUUGUGGGGGGAAUGAAAUGCCCUCAAAUUACUCGUGAAGAAAUUGUAAAUGCAUGUGGAGUUGAAGACAUCCAUGAUGGAACUAACUACUCUAGGACGGCAUGUGUGAUAGCUGUAGCAAAGGCUCGUGAUACAUUUGAACCUUUUCUUUAUCAGUUGGGUAAUAGGCUUUUGUACAUCCUGAAGAGACUGCUUCCCAUCUCUGUCUAUCUGCUUCAGAAAGAUGGUGAGUAUCUAAGCGGUCAUGAUGUAUUCCUUAGGAGGGUUGCUUAUGCCUUCAAUAACUUCGCAGAAUCUACAGAAAGAGCAUGCCGUGAAAAAUGUAUGGAGGAUUUAGUGAGCACCACACGUUACGUAACAUGGUCUCUCCACAAUAAGAAUCGAUCUGGGCUACGCCAAUUCUUGGAUUCCUUUGGUGGCACAGAGCAGUCUUCGGUGGGAGCUAAUUCUGUAUCAGCUGGUGUCUCCCAAGACUCGUCCUUGGUAACUGCAAAUGAGAAGCAUGAGAAUAAGUCAAGGACAGAAGUUAAGCUGUGUCAUUUGGCCUCAGGAAUUGAUUCAGGGUCUUCUGUUCAGGCAACAGAAACAAGGCUCGCUGAUCUUCUAGACAACACACUUUGGAAUCGGAGACUCGCUCCUUCAUCUGAAAGGAUUGUUUAUGCUCUGGUACAACAGAUAUUCCAUGGCAUAAGAGAGUAUUUCUUGGCAUCGGCUGAAUUGAAGUUCAAUUGUUUUCUUUUGAUGCCGGUUAUAGACAAGUUGCCUGCACUUCUCCGGCAGGACUUAGAAUCUGCUUUUGAAGAUGAUUUGGAUAAUGUUUUUGACAUCACCAAUCUAAGGCAUUCAUUGGAUCAGCAAAAGAGAGAAGUAGAGAUUGAGAUGAAAAGGAUUAAGAGGCUGAAAGACAAAUUUAGGUUGAUAUAUGAACAACUUAAUUUGCAUCAAGUCAAGGCUGUUCCUGCUACUUCCAAGGAAUGACUCCUGAACAAGAAUGUCACAAAGGCAAGAUGUAGCGAACUAUUGCAUAGUUACUUCAUUUCUCGCUCUCCCUCUCUCUCUCUAUCUCUCGGCAACCUCCAUUAGAUUAUCUCAGAAGAACAAUGGUCAAACUCUCAUUUAAGGCAUCCUUCUACUCUGAUCUGGCCAUAAUUUUAUUACUUAGUGGUCAUGUUGAUUUAAUUAGAAGCUCUAGUGUGAUUCUUAGAACAGGCAUGCAGUAGCUGUAUCUGUUUGAGCAAAUUGGCAUUUGGAAUCAGUACUUCCAUUUUGGAUA